UAUGACAACCACCCGGGCUGCCCGAGAGGCCAUUCGUUCUGCUUCCAAAGUAGUGGCUAAACCUGCCCCGUGGUCCACCAUAAAACAGGGUGAGAGUGAGAGCUUCACUCAGUUUGUGGACAGGCUGCAGGCAGCAUUAGAUUCCUCCUCAUUACCCUCAGAGGCGAAGGGUCCUGUGCUGGCAGACUGCCUACGCCAGCAAUGCAACUCAGCCACCAAAGACAUCUUAAGAUCAUUGCCACCUGGGGCUAACAUAGCCGACAUGAUCAGACACGUGGCAAAGGAGGAACACCUUGCUCCCAUCCAAGCAGCGGUCCACACUGCAAUAACCAGUGUGAUGGCAUGCCUUGAGUGUGGCCAGGCAGGCCACGUGGCAGCAAACUGCCCCCAGCCAAGGUGCCUAUCAGCAGCUGCUCCACCACGAGAAGGAGAACUUAGGGGACCGUGCUGGGCAUGUGGGAAGAAGGGACAUUUAGCUGAGGAAUGCAGAUCCAGGCUCCAGGGAAACGGGGGAGGGAGGGGGUGGCCGGGCCGUGUCCAGCCCCCUCCCACCUGGAAUAUGCAGCGGCCCAGCUACAGCAACCCCCAGUGGGGCAGGGGGCCCUCGUACCCCAUGCCCCCACAGGGAGCAGUCAAUUUUACAUCCCCACCUACAACGCAAUGCCAGAACUGCACACCACCGGUAAUGCUUUCGCACCCCCCACCGCCACAAGCCGCGCCGGAGUCACGGGAACAGCAGGGGACGCCCCAGCGUGGGAUCCCUGGGCGGCCCUGGCCAUGAGAAUAGGGAAGGAACCCCUGAUGGUGUGGGGGACAUGCCGCCUUUACGGCAGUCAGCAUCCCCGCGUCAUAGGGUUUCAGUUCUGGGCAGACACGGGAUCAGACUGCACGAUUUUUCCCCUAGUGCAUUGGCCCGGACACUGGCAAUUCAAAGAAGUCCCUCCAGUGAACGGAGUGGGAGGGCAGUCCCGGGCGUGGAAAAGCACUCAGUUGGUGGCUUUAACGCUUCACACGAAAAAGGGACCAGGAGUGUCAACAUCAGCAGCAGCCCUAAUGCUGGAAGAAGCACCCUCCUCACGAGAGGGCACCGUGUCAGUCAUUCGCAUCAACAGCCACGACCCAGUCAAAGGUUACUUCCAGACCGGCAACGACAAAGUGGACGCCGCAGCGAAAGGCGUCUGGACGUUGCAGGAAGCCCUGAAAAAGGCCCAGAUCGAGGAGCAGAGAAAGGCAGAGCUGGAGGACGCGAGGGACCCCGGGAGAGACGUGGAUGAGGAGCUGCAGCAGGGGAAGCAGAAGCUGCCGCAGCGAGCGACAAGGAUGAAGCCGGAAGAGGAGGAAGAUGUGCGGGAACUGAACGCGCUGUUCCUCAGUGCCAAGUCCGACAUGAUCUGGGACAAGCAAGUCCUGGAGAAGCAGACGAUCCUCGAGGAACUGACGGAGGAAGAGAAGCACCUGAACAAGAUGAUGGAAAUAGAGUGAGAGAAGGACAUGGAGGUCCAGGAGGAGCUGGAGUGCCAGAGGAAGCAGGAGCUGAUGAGAGCCCGGCAGGGCAUUGUGAAACAGACGGAGCAGAAUGCAGAGGAGCGGGCAUUGAGGACUGAGGAGCUGUACCAGGAGGGCCAGAGGCAGCUGGAGCGACUGGAGCAGAUGAAAAAGGGAGGAUCAGAAGGCCUGGGAGCAGAAGCAGGAGCGGAGGGCCCACAGGUGGUAAUUAGAAACGAGCUAGGCGAAUGGGAACGGGGCUGGAGGCCGAUGCUCACGGGGAGGGGGUACGCAGCUGUCAAAAGGGACGGCAAAUCAGGUGGUGUCCACUUAAGCCAAUUAAGCCGGACCUCCAUAGCGAGCAGAAUGAGACUGACGAGAGUUGCGAGUUUCUGUUUACAGGACCUGCUCGUGGGAUGUCCUCGUGACGCGUACAUCCCCGUUCCAGACGAAAGUGACCGACCACCAAGCCGUCAGGCAGCACCCGAGAGACCCGCACGGGUCCAUUGGCAAUGCUGCUUUUAGCUGUCACCUUCGGACCAUGCCUGCUGAACAAGCUGAUCUCAUUCAUUCAGACCUGCCCAGAACGGGCCAACAUCCUGUUCAUAGGCCAGCAAUUCGCUGCUGUGAAUUCGACCAGAGAACACUGCCAGUCACAAGAUUUUCUACCAAGGUUCACCAAACCCCUUUCUCUUUUGACAACCCCAUGCCUCAGCUCAGUACCCAUGUA